UGAAAGUGGAUUUUCUUGUUUGUGCGUCAGAACCUUCCAUUGAUGACCAAAGCCUACAAGACUGCUACAAUCUCCUUUGAUUUUAUUUUAUUUUUAUUUUUAUUUUUAAAGUAGCAUUACUUCAAAUUAUUAUUAUUUUUUUUUUCAUAGUUUGUAUAUAUAAAAACUUUUUGUUUUCUGGGGAAAAAAAAUCAAAAAAUCUGGGUUUUGAAAUCUGGGUUGAGAGAGAGAUUGUGGGUUCGUGGGUCUUUGUUAGAUGAAGGGAUGCCCUUACCAUUUGAUUUUGAGGGGAAGGGGGUGUUAGAGUUUGUUACAGACUCAUUGUCUUCAUCUUCAUCUUCAUUUUCUUCAUUGUCUCCAUUUUCAAAUCCAUUGCUGAAUCAGUGGAAGAGCAAAGAAGGUGCUUUUUUGGGUAGUGAACCCACCUCUGUCCUGGAUUCAAUCGGAAGCCCAAGCCCUCAAACUUCAACUUCAACCCUGUCUUCUUCUUUGCCCGGCGGCGGUGGCGGCGGAGGAGUGGCGGCGGUUUCAGGAAACCCAUCUCAAAAAUGGCCUCCACCGCAAGAAACCACCAGCUCGAAUGUGGGAGUUGAAUCAGAGCUCCAGCCAGCUCCGCCACCACCGCAGACCACCACCGCAAUUGCAGCCACAGAGGCAGAGAAAUGUGCUCUGGGAAUGGGGAUGGAGGAUUGGGAGAGCCAAGAACAAUCCAUUUUCCGCUGGAUCAUGGGAGAUGUGGAGGACCCAUCAAUGGGUCUCAACAAGCUGUUGCAAUCCGCCGCCGUCAGCGGCGGCGCUCCGGCGUCGGAGUUGGAAUUCACCGGUGGUGGCUUUGGUGUUGUAGAUCAAGGUUUUGGGUUAGACCCAGUUGGCUCAUCUCUUCCAAACCCUCCUAUCUUCUCUCCAUUAUCAAACAAUCUCUUACCCAUUUCACUCUCUCCAAUUGCCUUCAACAACCCACCACAACAAUGUCAACAACCACUCGAACCCACCGAUUCCAAGCCCCAAAUUUUCAAUCCACCAUUUCUAAUCAACCAUCACCAAUCUCACCAUACCCAAAACCCAUCAUUUUUCUUGCCGGAGCACUACCUUGCUCCACCACCACAGGCCAAAAGGCACCACCAUAGUGGCCUUGAACCCCCCAAAGGCCCGUUUUCGAAUCACCAGCUUCAAUUGCUUCCUCAAUAUGUUCAACAAAGGCCAACAAUAUCAAUGAAACAGAGAAUUGUAGUCGGCGAUGAAAUGGGGAUGAAUCAACAGCAACAACAGACUAUAAUUGAUUUCAUUUCCGAGGCCGCAGAGCUAAUUCAGACGGGGAAUUCAAUACUCGCGCAAGAGAUAUUGGCGCGGCUCAAUCACCAGCUCUCUCCCAUCGGUAAGCCUUUCAAUAGGGCUGCUUUUUUCUGUAAAGAGGCUCUGCAAUUCAUUCUCCAUACAAGCAAUAUGAACCCGGUGCCGCCCAAUUCGCCUUUCAAUCUCAUUCUCAAGAUUGGUGCUUACAAGUCAUUCUCAGAAAUCUCACCUUUCAUUCAAUUUGCCCAUUUUACUUGUAACCAAGCACUCCUUGAAGUUUUAGAAGGGUUUGAUCGAAUUCAUGUUAUAGAUUUCGACAUUGGUUAUGGUGGGCAGUGGGCUUCUUUGAUGCAGGAGCUUGCUCUGAGAAGUAAUGGGGCUCCAUCACUGAAAAUCACUGCGUUCGCGUCUCCCUCAACCCAUGAUCAGCUUGAGCUCGGCCUCACUAGAGAGAAUUUGAUCCAUUUUGCCGGUGAAAUUAAUAUGGCGUUCGAAUUCGAAAUUGUAAACAUUGAUUCGUUGAGUUCUGCUUCAUGGUCACUGCCUUUUCAUGUCUCUGACAAUGAGGCUGUUGCAGUCAAUCUCCCCGUUGGUUCGCUUUCGAAUUACCAAAUGUCCCUUCCGCUAAUCCUUAGCUUCAUUAAGCAAUUAUCCCCAAAAAUUGUGGUUUCUGUGGAUAGAGGUUGUGACCGGACUGACCUCCCUUUUCCAAAUCAUGUAAUUCAAGCACUCCAGUCUUUAUCAAUCUUGCUUGAAUCUCUUGAUGCUGUGAAUAUCAACCCUGAUGCAUUGCAAAAGAUUGAGAGGUUUUUCCUCCAACCGGGUAUUGAAAAAACCCUAAUGGGUCGCUAUCGUUCCCCAGAGAAGACGCCCCAUUGGAGGACAUUGUUUCUAUCAUGUGGAUUCUCCCCAUUGACAUUCAGUAACUUUGCGGAAUCACAAGCUGAGUGUGUGGUGAAGAGGACUCCGGUUAGGGGUUUUCAUGUCGAGAAGAGACAGUCUUCGCUCGUUCUCUGCUGGCAACGAAAGGACCUCGUCUCAGCUUCAGCUUGGAUGUGCUGAGGGGCAGAGCGGCAUGAUGAUUAUGUCUGAUUCGCCAAAUCUGUUCCAGUCAAGAAGGUCUAUUCUCUGAUCUUUUUGAACCUCCUUGACUGUAAUUUCAACUUUGCUAAUUGUUGUUGUGGUUUAGGCAUUAUUGUUUCCAAGUAAAAAAAAAGAACCAGAAGUUUUAGUAACUGGAUGGUUUAGCAUAGCUCUAUUUUCUUUCAAUCUCUUAUGUUCAAUGUGGGUAUUAUUACUAUUAUGGUGUUUUGGGUUCUAAUUAGUUUUGGGGCUAUUUGUUGUACACUUAACAAGAAGGCAAAACCAGAAAUGGAAAGAAGAAGAAUUUAACCCUUCAAUCCA